CAAACACUGAAGACUUUAUAGCUGGUGCAGUCAUGAGCUGCCUUUUCCAAGCUGAAAAAGACAAUGUUGAUUAGAAGAGCCAACAUGUGCUGUAGGUUGUCUGUUUGGGAUAAAUAUCAGAUAAGGAGGGAUUUGAAUCAGACUCAUUUCAUUUUGAGACCAACAGAAGACAAGCUGCUGCCGUUUAAACUACACAACCAGCUCUGUGGAGCUUUUUAAUCUUUACGUGACUCCUGUUUUAUGACAUUUAACCCAAAGACUGUCUGGAAGCUGCAUGUUUUGUUCUGACCUUGGAUAAAAGAAUGAAGAGUCUUCUUAUCGCCUUUUUUUGCUUCUUGGCCAUGUGCAUGGCGACUUCAGACAUCCUGGAGGUGAGCGGCCAUGUUGGUGAAAAUGUCUCCAUUCCUUGCUUUGGCAGCUGGACCACUGAUGAUUCAGAAAAUAUCAGUAUGUAUUUCUGCAAAGGCGUCUGCUCCAGGGAGAAUACCAUCCUUCAGACCAACACAAAGAGGCCCUUUGUGCAACAAGGGAGACACAGCAUGGAGGUCAGUGCUGCCGAUGGAGUUUUAACUGUGUCUAUAAAGAGGCUGAGGAGGGCCGAUGCUGGSAGCUAUCUCUGUGGAGUGAAGAGAAGCUCUAAUGUGUCGUACCAGGAAGUCACUCUUAAAGUUGUUGAUGCUUCCAGUGUUUCUCCUGGAUCUCCUUCAUCCACUAAAACCAACCUUCAGACACAUGAAGUAACUUUGCCUGAACACAGCUUUCCAUCCAGCACAGAAGCUCCAGCAGUAAGGUUCACACUGCCCCCAUCAGGGAGGAAGAAAAGCCAGCAGGAAGCAGAUUUUCUCACAGAUACCAUAGUGGUCAUUAUUGUCUCUGGAAGUCUGGCUUGUUUGGUGUGUGCCAUCAUUCCUAUCAUGUUCUACAGACACUGGCAGAAGAACGCAGGUCAGAGUAGACCAGCAGCAAACAAAACUGAGGAUGAUCGCCAUGAGGAGAGUGUAGCUGAUGCUUCCACACAGGUUGCAGGGAGUCUUCAGUCGGAGGACUGCACUGUUCAGUAUGCUUCUGUCUAUGAAGGACUGGAUCCCAAAACCAUCGACUGAGCAAAAAUUGCUUUGUUUUUGCAGCUAUUUUCACUUUAUUAUCCCUACUUUCAGUCAAACAACAAAAAAUAUCCAUUUGAAUACUGUUUYUGUGUGACGACCUUUGACCUUUGUACAAUAUUUACUCAGCAGRAAGGAAGUUGAAAUGUAAAAAUCAGGCCAUCCUAGUCACUGUAGUAUUUAAGUUUUACUUUUGUAGUGUUGCCUAAAGACCUGCAGGGGACAGUACACACAAAUAAACAGACCCAACAUGUCUAUUUUCUCUUGAUACAAAUAUGUUCUGUUAUAAUAAUCAGUUAACCUUUACUGUAGGUUUUACAACAUGGUGCCAAGAGACUUUCUGUAGAACCUGAGCUGGUUAACCUAUGGACCAAAUUUCGUACAMAUACUGUAUGUUAAAGUACUCAGAGUGUCUGCAAUCAAGAUGGGCCUAGAGAGCUAAUUUGCAACACCUAMAUCUGGAUUUUUGUACCUCCCCAUCAUUCCACAUUAUUACAAAUAACU